UUCCAGGAAGGCCUCCUUGACCGCUCACCCUGUGACCACUGCACCAUCACCAACCCUCGCUGACUCACAUCACCUCCACAGCGCUCGUGGCUGCCCGCCUGGCCGCACCACCUCGGUCUCCGCCAUGAACGGGCCCACCCUUCAGCCUUCCUCGGCCUCCUGCGCGUCCUCGACGCCCACUGCCUCCCUGCCGGCGGCAGCGUCCCCAUGCCCCCGGGGCUGGAGCGACUUCUGCGAGCUGCAUGCGGUGGCCGCGGCCCGCGAGCUGGCCCGCCAGUACUGGCUCUUCGCCCGCGAGCACCCGCAGCACGCCCCUCUGCGCGCUGAGCUCGUGUCGCUGCAGUUCACCGACCUCUUCCAGCGCUACUUCUGUCGCGAGCUGCGCGACGGGGCCCGGGCCGCCGCGUCUGCACGCGACUACCGCGACACGGGCCGUGGUGCCCCCGUCAAGGCCGAGGGGUCGGCCGCCGAGCUCGGCCCGGGCCCCGCUGCCGGCCUGCCCAAGGCCCGCAGCUCCGAGGAGCUGGCCCCGCCGCGGCCGCCGGGACCCUGCUCCCUGCAGCACCUGCGCCGCAGCCUCCGCCACAUCUUCCGGCGCCGCUCGGCCGGUGAGCUGCCCGUGGGCGCCGUGGCUGCUGCUGCUGCCACCGUGGCCGGGGAAGCCGGCGAGGGUCCGGCCCGGUCCGGCCUGGCCCGCAAGCUCCUACCCUGGAACCUGUCGCGGGAGCCGCCGCCCGAGGCUCUCAAGGAAGCAGCGCUGCGCUACAGCUUGGCCGACGAGGCGUCCAUGGACAGCGGGGCGCGCUGGCAGCGUGGGAGGCUGGCGCUGCGCCGUGCCGGCCCUGACAGCCCCGAGCUCCUGCUAGAACUCUUCGAUCCGCCCAAGAGCUCAAAGCCCAGGCUGCAGGCCACCUGCUCCAGCAUCCAGGAUGUGCGACGGUGCACGCGCCUGGAGAUGCCCGACAACCUCCACACCUUCGUGCUCAAGGUGAAGGAGCGGACUGACAUCAUCUUUGAGGUGGGGGACGAGCAGCAGCUGAACUCGUGGUUGGCUGAGCUCUGGGAGUGCACAGGCCGAGGGCUGGAGCGCAGCGACUCAGAGCCGCACAUCCCCUCCCCUCUGGAGCCCAACGCAUCCAGCUCCCCCCGGGCAAGCACAGAUGCCCUUAACCAAGGUGCUUCUCCUGGGGGACUGCUGGACCCAGCCUGCCAGAAGACAGACCACUUCCUGUCCUGCUACCCCUGGUUCCAUGGCCCCAUCUCCAGAGUAAAGGCGGCCCAGCUGGUGCAGCUGCAGGGCCCUGAUGCUCAUGGGGUGUUCCUGGUGCGCCAGAGCGAGUCCAGGCGUGGGGAGUAUGUGCUCACAUUCAACUUCCAGGGCAGAGCCAAGCAUCUGCGCCUGUCGCUGACGGAACACGGCCAGUGUCGUGUGCAGCACCUCCGCUUUCCCUCGGUUGUGGACAUGUUGCACCACUUCCAGCGAUCGCCCAUCCCACUUGAGUGUGGUGCCGCCUGUGACGUCCGGCUCUCCAGUUAUGUGGUGGUCGUCUCCCAGCCCCCAGGCUCCUGCAACACGGUCCUGUUCCCGUUCGCCCUCCCUCACUGGGAUUCAGAGCUAGGCCUUUCCCAUCUGAGUGCCUCCAGCUGGCCUCAGGGGCUCAGCCCCGAAGGGACCCCAGGCCGAGCCUCACCCCCAGAGCAGAUCUUCCACUUGGUGCCUUCGCCCCAGGAACUGGCCGCCAGCCUGCGGCGCCUGGAGUCAGAGCCUGGGAGUCGAGCCCGGGACUCAGACUAUGAGAUGGAUGCUUCCUCCCGGAGCCACCUGCGGGCUAUAGACAAUCAAUACACACCUCUGUGACCCCAUGGGCCAGGACUGCUGCACCCAGCACAAGCCGAUACAUGGACUGUGAAUGUAACAGGCUUUCUUUCCUGCCAGAGAGCGCGUGGAGGGGCACUGGUGCCGCCGGCUAUGUCCAGGGUAGCUCGCUCUAUCAGGCUUGUUAAAGGGCCUCCGGGAAGCUCCCAGCACCUGGCUUUCUCUUCGUUUACAGACGCACUUCUUGUCCGCAGGUGUUGCCAGCUCCUGCCCCCGGGACCUGCCCAUCACUCCUGGCAGAAGUGGCCGUGGAGGGCCUCAGUGAGCAGUGGGAGCCUGUUGACACUGUCACAGCUCACAGACUUUCUGCUGUUGGGGAAGCCCAAAACACUAA